ACUUUCUGUAAAUAUAAUCGGCCUGAUUUUAAUGUAGAAAAUAUAACUAGAAUGGUUUGAAUAUCAAAUUGAUGAAAAUGGAGAUAUUUUACAAGAAUGAACUAAUGAUAAUAUUGGCAAUAAUUCUAUUGGUAUUAGCAUUUUAUGUCGAAGUUUUACCAAUCUAUUACCAAAAAAUAGAAAAUGUGCGAAAAAUGGUUCCUCCAGAUCCAGUUAAACCAUUGCCACCGUCUGGUUCUAAAAUGUUAUUUUUCAAAAAAGCUGCUGUAUGUGCCGAUGCUGCUCUUUGUGCCAAGAUUGGCUUAGAUAUUUUACAAAAAAAUGGUUCAGCUGUAGAUGCAGCUAUAGCUGCUAUGAUAUGUAAUAGCGUGGUAAAUAUGCAAAGCGCCGGUUUAGGUGGAGGAUUUUUCAUGACGAUAUAUAAAAAAGAUGAAAAUAAAACUUAUUGUUUAAAUGCGAGGGAAAAAGCACCACUAACGGCUAAUGAUAGUUUAUAUCAAACAGAAAAUGCCACCUCAAAUGGAUCUUUGUCAGUUGGUGUUCCAGGAGAAAUUAAAGGAUAUUUAAGAGCCCAUGAAAAAUUCGGGAAAUUACAAUGGUCUGAAUUAGUUCAACCAUCGAUUGAACUAUGUGAGAAAGGUUAUCUGAUAAACGAUCAUCAAUAUUCAAGUUUUUUCAAAAAUAAACUCAAUAAAGAUGACGAAAAUUUAAGAGAAUGGUUUAUUGAAGACGAUGGUAGUUUUAAGAAACCUGGAAAUACUGUACGUCCUUCUAAGCUAUGCAAUUUUCUUAAACUGUUAUCAGAAAACGGUCCCGAGGAUUUUUAUACCGGAACUUUAGCAAAAAUGUUCUUAGAAGAUGUACAAAAUAUAGGGGGUAUCAUAUCAGAGCAGGAUAUGCGUGAAUAUGAUGUAGAUUGGUUGGACCCGAUCGAAACGACGUUACAAAAUGGCGAUCAUAUACAUACAUUUCCCGCGCCGGGAUCUGGAGCUAUUCUAAUAUUCAUAUUAAAUAUAUUAGACGGUUUCAAUUUGAAUAGAGAUAGUAUAGAUGGCGUUGAUAACACAGUUCGAACGUAUCAAAAAAUAAUAGAAACGUUCAAAUAUGCGUACGCCAAACGAACGAAACUGGGCGAUCCGAAUUUUGUUGACAUGAAUCAGAUAACUCAAGAUUUAUUAUGUAAAAAAUAUGCCGAGAGCAUAAGACUCAAAUUGAAUAAAAGUGGUACGAGCUCAGAUCCUGAUUAUUAUGGAGCUAAUUUUUUUUCUAAAGAAGAUCAUGGUACUGCUCAUGUUUCGAUUAUUGCUGAAAACGGUGACGCUGUUUCUGCUACGUCCACAGUAAAUAUUUAUUUUGGAGCCGGAGUGACUUCAAAACAAACUGGAAUUAUAUUGAACAGCGUCAUGGAUGAUUUUUCUUAUUCGCAUUUGAUAAACUAUUUUGGGUUAAGUGGAUCACCCACGAAUAUAAUGCAACCUGGAAAACGACCUUUUUCGUCCAUGAUUCCGACUAUUAUAACCGAUAGUUGUGGUAAUGUUAAAGUGGUAAUAGGAGGCGCUGGGGGCCCGAAAAUUAUCACGUCAACCGCUUUGGUGUUAAUUAGGUUACUUUGGUUAGGAGAAAAUAUUAAAGAAGCUAUAGAUGCACCGAGAAUUCACCAUCAAUUAUUUCCUAUGGAGGUGCAUUACGAAUAUGGUGUUUUAAAGGAUGUAGUUGAAAAAUUAAGAUCUUUGGGCCACGAGAUGAAUAUGAAAACAGAAUCUAUUGUUUAUGCUUUGUAUAAAGACAAGGACAAAAUAGUUGGAACUACCGAUAAUAGAAAACCAGAUGGUGGAAUUUUCGGAAUAUGAAACUUUGUUUUUUAAUAUUUAUUCAGUUAAAUAUAUUUUUUACCAAAUCUU